AUGGACCAAUUCGAAAAUAAAAUAAUUUUUUUUCCUGCGCGUCGAUGGCUCACUUUCUUGGAACAAUUUCCCCUGCGAAUUUUCCCUAGAAAGUGAAGACCCGAUUACCCCAGCGCAGCAUUUUUCCCAUAUGUCUCUCCAAACCCCCCAACGCUGAAAGUAACUGAUGCAUUUGUUGAGGACUAAGGAUAGUGGAUUUUGUCUUUUCACUUCACCUUACGAGAAACGUUAAGGAAGGAGAAGCAGUGCGGUUUUUUUGAUACGCUGAGGGCGGGAAAGCUCCAUAACGUUGGAGCGUAUCGUUUGCUAGGUCUUGUAGAUAACGAUGCCUGAAAUUCAGUUGGGCGCUCACACAAUCAGAUCCCAUGGAGCCAGAGUUGCGAAGAUUCACAUGCAUGACUGGCUCAUUCUCGUGCUGCUCGUUGUCGUCGUGAUCGUUCUGAAUGUUAUCGAACCUUUUCACCGCUUUGUCGGAGAGGAUAUGCUGACAGACCUGAAAUACCCUUUGCAAGACAACACCGUUCCCUUUUGGGCUGUCCCGUUGAUAGCAAUAGUCCUACCUUUCUCUGUCAUUUCUGUUUACUAUUUCAUCAGAAGAGACGUUUACGAUCUGCAUCAUGCUAUAUUGGGUCUUCUUUACUCUGUACUUAUAACUGCCGUCAUAACCGAUGCUAUAAAGGAUGCUGUCGGUCGACCUCGUCCCGACUUCUUUUGGCGUUGUUUCCCUGACGGAAAAGGGGUCUUUCACAAUGUCACGAGGAACGUUAUUUGUACUGGAGACAAGGGCGUCAUCAAAGAGGGGCAUAAAAGCUUUCCCAGCGGGCACACGUCUGGGUCCUUUGCUGGUCUUGGAUUUCUUGCUUGGUAUUUGUCCGGGAAAGUCAGAGCAUUUGACCGUAGAGGCCAUGUCGCGAAACUCUGCAUAGUUUUCCUACCUCUACUGGUGGCAGCCUUAGUCGGUGUUUCCCGAGUUGAUGACUACUGGCAUCAUUGGCAAGAUGUCUUUGGUGGAGCCAUCAUAGGGCUGACGGUGGCCUCGUUUUGUUACCUGCAAUUUUUCCCGCCUCCAUAUGAUCCAGAUGGGUGGGGACCUCAUGCCUACUUCCAGAUGCUGGCGGAGUCUAGAGACGCAGUCCAAACGACCGCGGGUGCGAAUCAUCUGAGCGUUAGGCAGAAUCAGACGGAGCUGGAGUCGGUGUACGUGGAAGAAGACGAUAGUUCGAGGGAAGUAUCGAGAAGCAACACCCGUGAUACAUCUCGGAUGCUCGAUACCCACUGAAGGUGAAAAACCGAUACAUACAUAUAUAUAUACACAUAUGUAUGGAUUUGUAGAAGAGAAGAGGUGAUGGAUGUAGUUUGUGUUUUUGUACGCUGUUAGAGCCUUGGCGUGACGUGUUUUUUCACCUGAUGGGUCCAAACAUUGGAACAAGGAUUUAAUUGUACUGUUUGUUUGAUCCUUUUUCUCGUCCUUUUGUUUAUUGGGCACGUGAUGAAAUGCUUA